AAAGAGCAGCUACACGAAUUUCCGGCACGACACGUUUUCCUGCCAGUGCUAAAUAAAAACAAACCCACGUGUCUGCCAGGGACUCGGGAGGCUGCAAUCAUGGCUGCAGAUCCUAAGGAUAUUGUGGUGGAAUUAGGCUUCGUAGAGAAAACCCCGGCGUGGAAGCUCCAUUCCAAGUUCUUCCCUAGCAAGGUUGGAGGAUGGCCAGCUUGGCUUGCCCUGAAGGGUCUACCCACCCCUGAGGAACUUGCAUGUCGCCACUGCAAAAGGCCGCUCAUUUUCCUCUGCCAGGUUUAUGCUCCAUUCCAUGAAAAAUAUGAAACCUGCUUUCACAGAACAAUGUUUGUGUUUGUAUGUCGUGACCCUAACUGCUGCCGAGACAAUGAUGCCUCCAGCAUCCGAGUGUUUCGCUCACAAUUGGCAAGAAAAAAUGAUUUUUACUCUGACGAACCAGCUAAGGAGGUAGAGGCUGGAGCAGAAAGCCCUGGCGCUGGGGAUUUUAACCACCUAUGUCGUGUUUGUGGUGCUCUUGGACCAAAGACUUGUGGAAGCUGCCAUGUUGCUCGCUAUUGCUCAAAAGACCAUCAGGCAUUGGACUGGAAAGGAGGACACAAGGCUGAAUGUAAACACCCAGAGAGUGUUAGUAAAAGGUGUUCAAACUCAACUGCCAAGCUCCUCUUCCCUGAGUAUGAGAUAGAGCUGGAACCAGAGGAACAGGAAGCUGCUAGAGAGAAGACCGAGGAUGAGGUGAUGAAAGAGUAUGAGGAGCUGCUGAGGUCUGGACAGGUUACCCAUCAAGAUGAUGAUGACUCUGAUACAGAAAAUGAUCUAGUCAAUAUGGCAACCAAAGAAACAGACAAGCAAUUCCAGAAAUUCCGGACAAGAAUUAAAGAGUAUCCUGACCAGAUACUGCGUUAUGACCGGGAAGGUGAGCCCCUCUGGGUGUCCUCAAGUAACAAAGUGACACAAGUGCCAGACUGCCUUGGCUGUGGAGCUCCCCGACAUUUUGAAUUUCAGGUGAUGCCACAACUGUUGGUGCAUCUGAAGGUGGACAGUGCAGGGCAGAGCAUUGACUGGGGCACAGUACUGGUGUACUCCUGUUCCCAAAGCUGCCAGCAGGAUCGACCUUAUAUAGAGGAGGUAGUCUUCAAGCAGGACUAUGCACCUAUAGAGGAGGUGAUGAAGAACCAGUCAUAAACACGGUUGAAGUAGUGACAAUGUUCCAUAAUUAAUUAUUUUCCCAGUUUUAUUGUACAUUAUCUAUUUAAUAUUUGAAACUGUAUGGUAUGAGGAGUAAUAAAAAUCAUAUAUAUAUA